CACUGAAUUCUCAAUUUUUGAUUUUUUUUUUUUUCUCUAAUUUUACUCUGUUUUUUCUUUCUCAAUUUUAGGUGUUUAACGUGAUGAAAUUUGAUUCUAAUCAUCGAAAACUUCAGUAAAUUUGAAAACUUUUAAGGUUUUUUUAAAAACAAUUCUGUGGCUUUUCUUGUUGAACAAUCCUGUUUCUGUAGUAGUUAGGGCUGAGAUAAAAUCAUAAGAAUCUGAUCAAAGCUGAGAUUUUUUUUAAUAUUUGGUGAAACCCUGAGACGAUUCUGGUCUUAGAUUCAUAGAAAAUUUCCAAAAAGUUUUGAUUUUUAGUGUGUAUGAGUGUUGAUUGAUUCCGGUUCUAGAAGCCGUCAUCUAUUGUUUCUUCAUCGGUUACUUUGAAUCUUUGGACUUCUAAUGGAGGAAACAACAGAACGCCCAUCUGUUUCAUUUUCGUAUUCACAAUGGAUGUCAAAUGUAAACAAAUCAACACAAGAAGCUUACGAAUCAAAGCCCAUUUCACAUUGGAUUCUCUUGAUCCUCAGUGGUGCAGCAAUGCUUAUAGCUUUCCCGGCUUCUAGUUUACUGUCACGUCUUUACUUUUCCAACGGUGGUAAAAGCAAAUGGAUCAUCUCUUGGGUUGCUGUUGCUGGAUGGCCAAUCACUUGUCUCAUCUUACUUCCUACAUAUAUCUUUCAAAAGAUCAAACCGACACCUCUCAGUGCAAAGCUUGUUCUCUCCUAUGUUGUGCUUGGUUUCUUGAGUGCUGCAGAUAACCUUAUGUAUGCUUAUGCCUACGCGUAUCUCCCUGCAUCGACCUCUUCUCUUCUUGCAUCUUCGUCGCUUGCCUUCUCCGCUUUGUUUGGCUAUCUCAUUGUUAAAAACCCGCUGAAUGCUUCUGUUGUUAACUCCAUCGUGAUAAUAACCGGUGCUAUGGCUAUAAUAGCGUUGGAUUCAAGCUCUGAUCGGUACAGUUAUAUAACCAACAGCCAGUACUUUGCAGGUUUCUUUUGGGAUAUAAUGGGGUCUGCGCUUCACGGGCUCAUUUUCGCAUUAUCUGAGCUUCUCUUUGUGAAACUUCUUGGAAGAAGGUCUUUUCACGUUGCUUUGGAACAGCAAGUCAUGGUUUCGCUUAUAGCUUUCGCCUUUACCACUCUUGGAAUGGUUGUGAGCAAUGAUUUCCAAGGGAUGAGUCAAGAAGCUGAGAGUUUCAAAGGCGGCGAGUCUUUGUACACUCAGGUUCUUGUCUGGAGUGCAGUCACGUUUCAACUGGGUGUUCUUGGGGCGACAGCGGUCUUGUUUCUUGCAUCCACAGUCAUGGCAGGAGUCCUUAACGCUGUGAGAGUUCCCAUCACGAGCAUUGCUGCUGUCAUAUUGAUGCAUGAUCCAAUGAGUGGUUUCAAAAUCCUGUCAUUGAUCCUGACGUGCUGGGGAUUCAGCUCUUACAUCUACGGGAGCUCGAGCUCGAAUUCAAGUACUCAAGCUUCCUCUUCAUCCUAAUACGCAACCUUUUCCCCUGUCUCCAUUUCUUGUAGUAAAUUAUUCCUUGAAUGUGAUCAAAUACAAUUAGUGUUAUAUAAGAUGAUUAUGUUCGGAGUCAA